GCCAGCCAUUCCUGGGGAGGACUGCCGGCGGGUCGGACGUCUUGCCUGUCGCUGGAGGAGCGGUCCCGGCUCUCCGGGAAGGCGGCUGCGGCGGCAAAAUGAAGAUAUUCGUGGGAAACGUCGAUGGGGCGGAUACGACGCCGGAGGAGCUGGCAGCUCUCUUCGCGCCCUACGGCACGGUCAUGAGCUGCGCCGUCAUGAAACAGUUCGCCUUCGUGCACAUGCGCGAGAACGCGGGCGCGCUGCGCGCCAUCGAGGCCCUGCAUGGCCACGAGCUGCGGCCGGGGCGCGCGCUCGUGGUGGAGAUGUCGCGCCCGCGGCCUCUUAACACUUGGAAGAUAUUCGUGGGCAAUGUAUCGGCUGCGUGCACAAGCCAGGAAUUGCGCAGCCUCUUCGAGCGCCGCGGACGCGUCAUCGAGUGUGACGUGGUGAAAGACUACGCGUUUGUUCACAUGGAGAAGGAAGCAGAUGCCAAAGCCGCCAUCGCGCAGCUCAACGGCAAAGAAGUGAAGGGCAAGCGCAUCAACGUGGAACUCUCAACCAAGGGUCAGAAGAAGGGGCCUGGCCUGGCUAUCCAGUCUGGGGACAAGACCAAGAAACCAGGGGCUGGGGAUACGGCAUUCCCCGGAACUGGUGGCUUCUCUGCCACCUUCGACUACCAGCAGGCUUUUGGCAACAGCACUGGUGGCUUUGAUGGGCAAGCCCGUCAGCCCACACCACCCUUCUUUGGUCGCGACCGCAGCCCCCUGCGCCGUUCACCUCCCCGAGCCUCGUAUGUGGCUCCUCUGACGGCCCAGCCAGCCACCUACCGGGCCCAGCCCUCAGUGUCACUGGGCGCUGCCUACAGGGCCCAGCCUUCUGCCUCUUUGGGUGUCGGCUAUCGGACUCAGCCCAUGACAGCCCAGGCAGCCUCUUACCGCGCUCAGCCCUCUGUUUCCCUUGGGGCCCCAUACAGGGGCCAGCUGGCUAGCCCUAGCUCCCAGUCUGCCGCAGCUUCCUCGCUUGGCCCGUAUGGUGGAGCCCAGCCCUCGGCCUCAGCCCUCUCCUCCUAUGGGGGUCAGCCAGCUGCGGCUUCUUCGCUCAACUCCUAUGGGGCUCAGGGCUCCUCCCUUGCCUCCUAUGGUAACCAGCCAUCUUCUUAUGGGGCGCAGGCUGCCUCUUCCUAUGGGGUUCGUGCAGCUGCCUCCUCCUACAACACCCAGGGAGCAGCUUCCUCCCUAGGCUCCUAUGGGGCCCAGGCAGCCUCCUAUGGGGCCCAGUCUGCAGCCUCUUCACUAGCUUAUGGGGCCCAGGCAGCAUCUUACAAUGCCCAGCCUUCGGCCUCUUAUAAUGCCCAGUCUGCCCCAUACGCUGCACAACAGGCUGCUUCCUACUCUUCCCAGCCUGCUGCCUAUGUGGCACAGCCAGCUACAGCUGCUGCUUAUGCUAGCCAGCCAGCUGCGUAUGCUGCACAAGCCACUACCCCAAUGGCUGGCUCCUAUGGGGCCCAGCCAGUUGUUCAGACCCAGCUGAAUAGUUAUGGGGCUCAAGCAUCAAUGGGCCUGUCAGGCUCCUAUGGGGCUCAGUCAGCUGCUGCGGCCACUGGCUCCUAUGGUGCUGCAGCUGCCUAUGGGGCCCAACCUUCUGCCACCCUGGCAGCUCCUUACCGCACUCAGUCGUCAGCCUCCUUGGCUGCUUCCUAUGCUGCACAGCAGCAUCCCCAGGCUGCUGCCUCCUACCGUGGCCAGCCGGGCAAUGCCUACGAUGGGGCAGGUCAGCCGUCUGCAACCUACCUGUCCAUGUCCCAGGGGGCCGUUGCCAACGCCAACAGCACCCCGCCGCCCUAUGAGCGUACCCGCCUCUCCCCACCCCGGGCCAGCUACGACGAUCCGUACAAAAAGGCUGUCGCCAUGUCGAAAAGGUAUGGUUCCGACCGGCGUUUAGCCGAGCUCUCUGAUUACCGCCGUUUAUCAGAGUCGCAGCUUUCGUUCCGCCGCUCGCCGACAAAGUCCUCGCUGGAUUACCGUCGCCUGCCCGAUGCCCAUUCCGAUUACGCACGCUAUUCGGGCUCCUAUAAUGAUUACCUGCGGGCAGCUCAGAUGCACUCUGGCUACCAGCGCCGCAUGUAGGGCCAUCCUGGAAUGGGGCACCACAGGGAGGGAAGGAGAGGAGAGGUGGAGUAGGGUGCAGACCCAGGUUAUAAGCACUGGCCCAUACCUCUCCUGUUUGCGGUUUUUCAUCCCCUCUACCAUGUGGGGCUUCCCCAGGAGACGAUCCUUUUGAGUGUUCGGCAGUAACCUACUUUGUUCCUUCGCCUCAGCAGCAAAUCUUGCUACUGGCUCUAGAUCUGCGGUUCCCCUCUCCCCUGCCUCCCAUCUCCCCAGGAUGGGAAUUUCUUUUAUGUUUUUAUUUUUUUUCCUGGCUCCCUUUUAUUUUUUGUGCGCGAUAUUUAAGGUCGUCUAGAUGGGGAAGCAACCUGCAGCUGAGGUCGGCGGCGCCUUUUUCUUUUUAGAUGUGAGGGAGGCCAGGAAAGGGUUAGCUUAACCGUUUCCUAUGCGCCAAGCUGUGCCAGUUGUCCAGGGGGCCCUGACUUUGUCCCUCUAUAGACUGUUGAGACUGAGUUCCUGUUGGGACAGUCGGUUGGUAUGUGUCCAAAUCCCUACUGACCCCUGAUGUUCUAGCUGAUGCUGUGCGGCACAGUCCAUUCCCCCAUCUCCCCAAGUAGGUGGUGUUAGAAAACCUUAAUUUUUUUUCCCUUUUGUAUGGACUACAAAUAAAACUUGGGGCGAUUUGCAGUUUGGAAA